AGCGAAGAAAUUUGGAUUCUGUUAGGUUUCUCUCUGUAUUCAGUAUAGUCAGUACGGAACCUGUCCCAAAUAGUUUAAAUCACGGGUAGUCAGAAAUGGCAAACCCUAAAUAUGAAUUGACGAUAACCUGUAAAUCACCGCGAUCGCCACAAUCGACUGGGAAAAUAAGUAAGGAAACUGGGGAUGCACGUGAAAAUAUCAAAAGUAUGAAUUCCAACAUUUUUGAUGAAUUUGAAUAUGGGAAUGAAAGCAAUUGUAUUAAUUCGAACAUAAGAAAUGAUAGUUUCGCCACUACAAAUGUAACACUGAAGAAUACUGUUGACCAGAUACUCAUAGACGAUCCAGCUCAGAUUAUGGAAGUAAAUGAGAGUUUUGAUUUGAAUUUAGGGAUCCAAGGAAGCUUGUGCUCUCAAUGCAAAUUCACGAAUAGACUUAAUAGCUAUAUUGAACGUGCUAUUAAUAGUUCGGUUGAAAUGGAAAAGGAGUUUCAAGAAUACUUUGCCAUGUCCGAAACUAGCAGCUUCUCACCUGCGAUGAAUGGAACCGUAGACUUAUCCGAAUCUGUGUGUGAUGAUAAAACUAAAAGUGUAACAGGGUAUAUUUCCCCGAAUAUUUUAAAUUCAUCAUAUCAUAGUAUUGGCUUACAGAAUUCUUCAUUUACACCUAAUUUGUUAUUAGAAUCAAAUCGACCACAAAUUUCUGAACAGUAUUUAAAUGAAACGGAAAAGACAGCACUGGAACUUGAUCAAUCCUUGACCAAAAACUCUGUUGAGAUUUGCAAUGGGAAGUCAAGCAAGGACCAAUUUACAUGUAAACGAUCUCUUACUAUGUCAUGGAAUUCUGAAACUUGUUUGGUAGAGUUUAUUUCAUCAAAGAAGACUCAUUUCCACAGUUUAAGAAAGUUUAAAUCCGAAGAUAACAUCCUAGCGAAGCUUACAGGAAGUAAGAGUGAUAGCAGAAACAAAUUUUCUGUUCUACCUGACAAAUUUAUGUCAAAUUUGAUUGAAGGGUUUGGACUGAUACCCUUCAUCAAAGGAAACCAUUCUCCAGAGAUUAUAAAAUGUAACGAAAAUGUCAGUAAUGCUCUUACUUUGAGGCAGUCAAAAAACAAAUGUCUUGAUGACUGGAAUAACGAUAAAGUAAACACAGAAAAUUCAAAACAGUUUUCUGUGCUACUUCAAACUGACUUUGCAAAAUUAGAAGACAUAAAACAAGGAGAGAUGGGUAUGGACCUUGAACAAACGUACAGGACAAGUAAAAGCAUUUCGUUUGAAAGUAGUGAUAUUUUCUUAGAACAAUUAACACCAUCACAAAAUCUGAAUGUACAAGAUACUCCCACAGAAGAUAGCAGUUCUACAUUUAAUCAAAGUACAAUUGAAGAAAUGUAUUUCAUGGAUUCUAAUGAUAAUAUUGACUGCUCAAGCACUAAUGAAAAAUUCCAAAUAUUGCCUCAGCACGAGACUGAUGGAAAUGGUUCACUCCAAUGCACACUCAAUGACAAAAUGAUAAGAGAUACAAGCACUACAGAAAAGUUGGUUGAUUUGAAUCUCCAACAACUUGCCAACUCAACUACUCAACCGAUUCACGAAGCAUCAAAAAAGAACAAUAUCACUGUUAACAGAGACUUAGGCAGCAUCAUUGCCACGAUUGAUUCAAAAACUGGAUAUAAUGAGAUGCAAAGUUCAUCCACCGAUACUACACUAAAAUCCGAGGCACAUUUGUCUGUCAUACAGUUGAAGGUUAUGCGGAACGAAGAAGAAACGACAGUGAAGGGCAUCAAUCUUGUUAAUCCUAUCGAUGAUCCAGGGAAAAGUUCUGAAUCGCUAAGGGAUCAACAGCUCGGAAAUGAAAAGGGUUUGGAAAUUUCAAGUAACUCCUUCUUAGAACUUUCGAUAGAAUCACAGAUGGAUACCAUACGAGAAAAAGACACACUUGAAAAGAAAGAAAUCGUUCCUAUUCAUAUAAAUAAUAGUAUCACGAGUUUCACAACUUCACAGAAUUUGAGUGUGGAAAAUGCAGAAACAAGAAACAGGCAACUAGCUGUUUUAAAUACAGUUAAUAUUAAUGCUGAUGGAGAAACAAUAAAUUUACCAGAUAAUGUGAAUACAGAAUUUAUGAUUAGGGAAAAGUUGAAUAGGGUUGAGAAGGAAGAUGCAAGGACAUUAGAAAAGAGGAUGCUUUCCAACUUGACCAACAAUCUCUUUCCAAAUGUUGAUUCGCCAAAAGAUGAGAAUAUUGGGAAUACAAACCAUCAGACAUCUCCAGGCGAUUUUAGUUUGGAUAUGCUGUCUGAGUCACAACUGCAAACAAUUGAAACAGAAGCUUAUGUAAAAGCAGAAAAAAUAGAUGUUGUCCAAUUAAAGAAAGCAACAACUGAAGGCGGUGUAAACAAACAGAAUAUAUUCUUCAAACCUGAACAGACAGGUAUUAUUACUACGGAUAAGAACGAUCUGGUACUGCCCAAUUGGGUGACAAAUCGUGCUCCUGAGCCAGACUAUGAUAAAAUGAGACGUGCCUUUCAGAACAGACGACAGUACGUGAAAAUACUACUUCAGGAAAUACUCAGACUUAGUACGAUAGUUUCCAAGGUAGGGGCUGUGCUUCGUGCAGAGCAUGCAGAAAACAACUUGAAGCCACAUGUGGACAGUGUUGAUGAAGCAACUAUUUGUGAGACCCUUAGUAAUACCAAAUCCAAUGUUCAGACUUCUAAUAAUGCAGUGAAAGACCUUAAAAAUAAGAACAUAUUUUACGUACCGCCGUCGAAUAUGCCAUUUCCAAAUAUCCCUCAAGAUUUUCCUAACAACAUAAAUAAUCCGCCUAAUAGUACUGGAGUUUCCAUCAACCCGGUAACACUUGAAAAUAGUGUAUGCACUGAUAUAACAACAGAUCUUAAACGUGAAAAAUUUUAUGUACCUACGACAAAUAAAUCAAAGUACGAUACCCUUCCAGCUGUGAAUCAACAAAUGGAUACAAAGUUUAAGGAUGGUCAAAUUACUGAAGCAUUUGUGCGUCACAAUGCCUCGAAUAUGUUUGGCUCCCUGAAGAAAAUUUCGAAUAAUCAUAAAACUUAUAAACCAGAUGUCAAGAGUAUAUGGCACUCCUCUGGCCAAGAAAGUGGUUCCAUUCCGCAAAUAUUGUUCAGCAGAAACAAGGUUCCGAAAAACAAUCAAACAGUUCGACAACAAAUUGCUGCAGGAUAUGAAAUGCCACAGUCAAAUUUAAAUGCUUCAAUUUUUAGCAAUAAUGCGGUAGCCAAAAAUGUUGAAGAAGGAAAAAGUAACAUAUGUGACUUGGAUCAUUCAAAACUGGCUAAUAAAAACACAAUUUUUUACGUACCCGAUGAAGGGUCAUCAGUGUCAGGUGAUUACGUUGGAUUAGGCAGUAUAAAAAAUGAUCCAAGUCGCUCUGAUAAGUUUUCAAUGCCAUCGAAAUCGCAAACUAGAUCAAAUGAAAAUUCAAAACUAUCGGUCAAUGAUAUAUUAGCCAUGAACACACAAAAAGCACAAUCUAACAGAAAGAAUCUAGAAAAUUUGCAGCUCACUGUUAAAAACGACAUUUUUUAUUCACCUGAAGAAUCAUCAGUGUCAAAUAAUACAUUAUUUACAAGUAAAUUCGCAGAAUCAAGUGGUACAAAAAGCGACCAAAAUUUUUUUUAUUAUGCAAACUUUCCAAUGCCUUCUUCAUCCCAUUCAAGACCAGAUCAACACCUUAUGUGUAAUGUGGUAAUCUCAAACAAGUUGAAGAGAAAAAGUAACAUUCAUGAUGUGAACAAUGCAAAGCGUGCUCGUGAAAAUACCACUUUUUAUUCGCCGGAGAAAUUGUCAAUACCGUCAAAAGAUUUAUUCUCAACAAGUGAUUACAUGGAAAUACGCGAUACAACAAAUCCGAGCAUUUCUUCACGUAAUUGUUCACUGCCUUCAUCCCACGUGAAACUAGGAAGACCACCACGACUGUUGAAUAAUACUGCAGUUUUUUACAACGGUAAUAAAGAUCAGGAAACUGGUUUCAGAAAACUAUAUCGCCAUUGAUUGUUCUGCGGCAUUUCAUCAGAAUGUUCAUAUACCCUCAAAGUCAUCUUUCUGAAACAGUACAGCACAUGCAAUUCAUUAGAUAAAUGAUUGUCACAAAUUGUAACGAAAUAUGUUGAAAAAUGUUGUGUAUUAGAACAUUUUCUUAGAUUUUGCAACACAAAGUGUAACAAACGACAUAUUAUUACUUGCUCCAGAACAUGACACCUACCAUUUCAUUGUAUUCCAAUACAUGUUUCCUUAUUGCUGAAGUAUCAACCCAUGUCACAAAGUCUUCCAAGUUUCUGGAAAUCGAAAAUUAUUACGAUUAGCAUUUUAGGGAUGUCAAUUUCAGAUAGUUAGCAAAAUUUAAAAAUUGAUAGAUACUUGUACCAGUUAAUUUUAUUUGGUGUUAUUAUUUACAGACUAAAACUAAAUUUACUGUCUAAUAUCAAACUGAAUAAUUACUUUAUGUCUCUCAAAUGUCAUAUAGAAUAAGGAUUAUUGUCUAGUUCUAAGAUCUUUAAUGUGAACCAGGAAAAACUGUAAAGUAUUCACAGAAAUAUCUUUCAAGUUACUCUGGUAAGUUAUAACUGAUAUAGAAUAUGUAUUAUUUAUUAACUCUACCGUCAACUACCCUAAGUAAAUUAGAAAAGUAUAUCAUUAUAUUUUUAAAAAUAAUGCCAAUUUGUUUUGAUUGAAUUAGGAUAUUAAUGAUUUAAAAAAAAGUAUAUACCUUGUUACAAGAAAUGCUGGGUCCUUAAUGACUUCAGGUCCAACACGUACAUGAGCUUGUUCGAUUAGCUUUGUCGCCAUUUUAAUGGUUUCACUCAUUUUAUUACGAACCAUAACGACAGGUAA